GGAGGGGCGGGGCCUCUGGUGGCGGUAGGGAACUGGAGGGGAGGCGGCAACAUUGUUUCAAGUUGGACAAAUUGACAAGAGCGAGAGAUACACUCCGUUCCAUUCCGACCUGGGGCCGCAGAGCUGGGCCCUGUUUCCCCCUCUUCCACCCCCCCGAGAGCCGGGGCCCGCCUUUUGCAGGGUUCCCAGGCCCCAGCUCCAGGGCCGGGCUGACCCGACUCGCUAGCGCUUCAUGGAGAACUUCCAAAAAGUGGAAAAGAUCGGAGAGGGCACGUACGGAGUUGUGUACAAAGCCAAAAACAAGGUGACGGGAGAAGUGGUGGCGCUUAAAAAAAUCCGCCUGGACACUGAGACGGAGGGUGUACCCAGUACUGCUAUACGAGAGAUCUCUCUGCUUAAGGAGCUUAACCACCCUAACAUUGUCAAGCUGCUGGAUGUCAUCCACACAGAAAACAAACUCUACCUGGUUUUUGAGUUUCUGCAUCAGGAUCUGAAGAAAUUUAUGGAUGCCUCUGCUUUGACUGGCAUUCCUCUUCCCCUCAUCAAGAGUUAUCUGUUCCAGCUGCUUCAGGGCCUAGCCUUCUGCCAUUCUCAUCGGGUUCUGCACCGAGACCUCAAACCUCAGAAUCUGCUUAUCAACGCAGAGGGGGCCAUCAAGCUAGCAGACUUUGGACUAGCCAGAGCCUUUGGAGUUCCUGUUCGUACUUACACCCAUGAGGUGGUGACCCUGUGGUACCGAGCACCUGAAAUCCUUCUGGGCUGCAAGUACUACUCCACAGCUGUAGAUAUCUGGAGCCUGGGCUGCAUCUUUGCUGAAAUGGUGACCCGCCGGGCCCUAUUCCCUGGAGAUUCUGAAAUUGACCAACUUUUCCGGAUCUUUCGGACUCUGGGGACCCCAGAUGAAGUGGUUUGGCCGGGAGUUACUUCUAUGCCUGAUUAUAAGCCGAGCUUCCCCAAGUGGGCCCGGCAAGAUUUUAGCAAAGUUGUUCCUCCCUUGGAUGAAGAUGGACGGAGCUUGCUAUCGCAAAUGCUGCACUACGACCCCAACAAGCGGAUUUCGGCAAAGGCAGCUCUGGCUCACCCUUUCUUCCAGGAUGUGACCAAGCCAGUACCACACCUUCGACUCUGACGUCCUUCCCCCAGCCCCUACCUCAAGUCUCAUCCUCUCCUCCAGCAGGGGCCUGAUUUGGCUUGGCCCUGGGCUAUUUGCCCUCUGAUCUUGUCUGGCUGCCUUAACACCCACCUCCCCUUCUUAACCAGCCAACUCUGGGGAUAUAAAGGGUGGAGGGGAGAAAUAGGUGAAAAUGAAAGGAAGCUUCAGUAUUAGAUGCACUUAAGUCCCUCCACCACCCUCUCCUCCUCCUCUUAGUCAUUGAUGAGGAGGGCUGGUGUUUAAAAAAAAAAAAAAACCGCCCCCCCCCCCCCCCCGCCCCAUAGGGUUUGCCUUCCCAAUCUCUGAAAGCCCUGAAAUUAUUUCCUGUGUUUGGGAAGACAGACACCCCAAGCCUUCUGCGACCACUGUGUUUGUAAGGCCAACUGAUAGCAGAGGACCUAAGUUGGAACUUUUGAAAACCAAGCAAAACAAAAACAUAGGAAGGGGCCUGUUUUAAAGAAUUAGGUUAAAAAAUAGACCAACCAAUUUAUACCCUAGUUUUAGUGUUUCAUCUCACCUAACAGUGUAGGAGACUCAAGACUCCCAGUCUCUGCAGUCCUUAUGGGACUGCAGUAGAAAUGAUUGCCCCUAGAACCCCCUUUCUGUCCCUCCUAUGGGCAAGAGGUGUCUGGGAAGCUCUAGGACAGGAAUUGUGCUUCACUGUGGCCUUAUGAGGCAAGGAAAAGUUGUUUCAAUGUUUCUCUUCCUUUUAAGAUUCUUAGUUCUUCAUGUCCCAGGUCCCUUCUUCCUCUGAAGGCCACCCCAUAGGAGUGGAAGUUAGGGUUUAGACAUCAUUUUGAGAAUGCUGACACUUUUUUAGGGCUGUGAUUGAGUGAGGGCAUUGGGAAAAUUUUUUUCUUUAAAAGAAGGAUGAACAAUUAUAUUUAUAUUUCAUUAGGUUAUAGUAGUUUUUUAAGUGGGAAUGGGUGGAUUUGUUGCCAUGCG